AUUCCCAUGUUCGUCAUAGUACCACAUGAUCGCUCAAAAGAUAAACAGAGGUACUACUACAGCUACUGGACUUCCUCGUUGAUAGAGAAGAGGAAAAAGAAAAACUGAGAAAUGAGGGUGGGAGGGGGAUCGUUGAAUGGAGGCCCCUGCGCCACCACACUCUCCACUGUUCUUCUUCGACGUACCAAAGUUAUUCUUCGGCCCAGAUGCUUUUCUCUCUCCGUCACUCCUUCCUCUCUUUCUUUUGACCACGUAUCAUUCAUCAAAGAUGUAGCUGCAACUCGACCUCCUGAACAUCUGCAUUAUUUAUUGAACGUGCUUCGAGCAAGAGGUGAAACCAUUGUCUCUCCUGGUGCCCGGAAAGGGUUGAUGCCCCUCACCAUUCCUCUAUCAGAAAGCCAGUCAGGUUCUAUGACCGCAUUGCUGAGAUGGCCAACAUCUCCACCGAAGAUGGAGAUGCCAGUUGUGGAAGUUCGGAAGUAUGGUGUUUGGCUUUUGGCGAAGAGUGUUGAUCAAUACAUUCAUAGAGUCCUGGUUGAAGAAGAUGCGAACAACUCUCAGGAAAGUAAUGACAAGCUAUUUGAUGCUUCGUCCAUUGCUGGUGAGAAACUUUACAGAAGGGGUGACUAUGCAGAAUCUAAGAUUGCAAAUCUUGAUGUCUAUCUUUCAAAAAAGGUUGGUUUUUUUCCGGAUGUUUUAGAGCGUAAAGUGGUGGAACAUUUGGAGAAAGGAGACCAUGUUUCUGCAUUGGUGACUGGAGAGUUCUAUGCGAAGGGGCACUUUCCAGGAUUUGGACGGCCUUUUGUGUUUAAUGCAGAGGUUUUGCUGAAGGUUGGGCGUAAGCUAGAAUCGAAAGAUGCUGCCAGGGCGGCACUGAAAUCACCAUGGUGGACAUUGGGUUGUAGAUACCAGGAAGCUGCUGAGAUUGCAGAGUGGGAAGAUGAGCAAAUCGAGUACAUAAAGGAGAAGGUCUCAGAAGAGGGUAGGCGUGAAGAUUUAAAGAAAGGGAAGGAGCCUGGUCAGGUGGCCUUGGACCAAGCUGCAUUUUUGUUGGACUUGGCAUCGGUUGAAGGUACUUGGGAUGAGAUUGUGGAGCAAAUUGCAGAAUGUUACAAGGAGGCUGGACUUGAAGAUAUAGCCAGAUUUGUUCUGUAUAGCAACUAACUGGCAUGACAAUGCAGAUUGUGGAAAUGUGUAGCUCCCAUUGUGGAUGGAACGUAGCCCAAAUUUCAACAUUGUUUGUCCUAAAAUCCGGUUUUUUAGCCAUCAAAUGGACAGUUAAGAAUUGGUAGGUUGUAAUUGAAUUCAUAGUUCGUCGUUUAAUACUUCUUCAAAACUCUUCAGUUCACAUGCGAAGGCUUAUUUAGUUUGCCUUUUCAAAUUUCUCCACUCUU